AUGUUAUUAGAGAAGCCGGUAAUCUCUUGGCGGAAAAAGGAGGAGAGUCGACAUAAGAGACGACUGUUUCUAGACUACGGAAGCAAGGUCUUGGAGGAGCUGGUUGCCACUUGUAAUGGCAAGCAUACUCCAAUCCGUAACUUCUCCCAUGAAGAACUCAAGUUAGCAACCGAUAAUUUUGACGGUCGUCGUGUUCUUCAUGAUCAUCGUAUGGAUCCUAUAUGGUACAAGGGUUCUCUCGACGACCGAACAAUUUCCAUUAAGUACGAAAAAGAUAUGAUCGAGCAUGCAGUCGUCAUCGAAAUCGCCAUUUCUGCAAAAGUAAGCGCUCACAAGAAUGUUUUAAAGCUAGUAGGGUGCUGCCACGAGACUCAACCGCCCACUUUAGCAUAUGAAUCUGCCGAUGGGAUCCUUGCCGAUCGUAUCUAUGUUAUCAAAGACGAUGGAACUCGGAAAGAAUGUCAGCCCAUAGCAUGGCAGAGCAGGUUGAAGAUUGCAAGAGAGAUUGCUCAUGCUGUUUCAUAUCUCCACAACGCCUUCUCCAGACCCAUCAUUCAUAGGGAUAUAAAAUUGGAAAAUAUCUUGUUAAACCAACACGAUGUUCCCAAACUGACUGGAUUCUGGCUCUCCAUUUCGAUCCCCGAGGGUGAAACUUUUGUAGAAGACGGUGUGCGUGGGACUAUCGGGUACAUGAUAUGCCCAAGCUAUUUUGCUACCGGCAGGGUAACAGAGAAAACAGAUGUCUAUAGUUUUGGAAUGCUGCUGUUGGAGUUAACAGCACAACGUCCAUUAGUUAAUCGUCGAGCAACGUUUGCUGAUGAUGAAGGAGAUGCGAGCUCAAAAGUGGAGUAA